UUUUGACACUUCGAUAAUUUGACAUUUGACAGAUAAAAAAUUGUGAAAUUAAUAAAAAAAAUUGUCUUGGUUCAUUAUUUAGUUAUUUGUUUGGGUUAAAUGCAUGAAUUUCCAGUGCAGUGUUUUAUGGGCCGUACUAAAUAAGCCCCUUGAACAUGUAUGACAAGGUUAUUUUUAGUUGUAGCAAGUGAUUUGGAGCAAGUUGCAAAUUAGGAAUUGCUGUGAUAAUUAUGGAUAAUAGACCUAAAUCAAUAUUUAGAGAUUUAUAUAAUCUUCCUUAUAAAAAUAGUUUUUUUAAAUUAUCAACUAACGCUAAAGAUGACGGUGAUCUUAUCCAGCGUCUAGGUUUGUUAAAGAAGCUGGAAAUCCACCAAGGCUGUGUAAACACCAUUUGUUGGAACAGUACUGGAGAGUACAUUUUAUCAGGAUCCGACGACCAGCAUUUAAUCAUAACAAAUGGACACACAUACAAAGUUGAGACUAAUUACUGCACUAGCCACCAUGCAAAUAUCUUCAGUGCUAAAUUCUUGCCAUGUUCCUCCGACAAACAGAUUGUUUCGUGUUCUGGAGACGGAAUUAUUUUACAUACAGAUCUCGAAAACACCAAAAAUACUUACUACAACCAAUUUAGUUGCCAUGCUGGAACCACUUACGAGGUAAUUACAAUCCCGAAUGAUCCUAACACGUUUCUAAGUUGUGGAGAGGAUGGAACAGUGCGUUGGUUUGAUUUAAGAACAAAAACAAGUUGUCGAAAACCACGUUGUAAGGAAGAUAUUUUAAUUACGUGUCAGAGGGCGGUUACAGCCCUUGCUGUAAGUCCCACAGCGCCCCAUCAACUUGCAGUGGGGUGUGCGGACUCAACAGUACGGAUUUAUGACAGGAGAUGUCUCAGUACUCAACUUGAGGAUCAUUUGAAAGCUCGUCCAUUCUGUAGUUUCAUCGCCCCAAAUCUUGAAGAUCGAAGAUACAGAAUAACAUCACUCAGUUACAGUCAUGAUGGUCAAGAUAUGCUAGUCAGUUACUCUUCUGAUUAUCUGUAUCUAUUUAGGAUACAGGAGAAUCAACUAACUGAAUUAAAAAAACCGAUUAAAGCCUCUCCUUGGGAGAAAGUUAAAAUGUUAGCAGGGAAACGAGAACGUGUCAAUAAUUCGCCCCCUCAUGUGAGGAGGUUACGUUUGAGGGGUGAUUGGUCUGAUACAGGACCAGAUGCACGUCCUGAACGCGAUACCACAACAACUGUUAGUAUUGGACAAGCAAGACCUCAAUUACAUGCCACUUUGAUGCAACGAAUGACUGAUGUACUCUCACAAAUGUUGAAUGAUCCUAUGACAAGGGCUGCUUUGAGUGCUGGAGGAGAGGAUUCGUUGGAUCCGAAUGAAACGUCGCAAAGAAAUGUUUUAGGUCAAAGACAAGAAGAGAAUUCAGGGCAGGUAGAACAGAGUCAAAGUGAGGGGGAAGAAAGGUCGAGUGUGGCGGAAAAUGUACAAAAUGAUACUGAGAGUGAAGUUGCCACAACAAGCAGACAAGACCAAGAACCUUCUGCGUCCACAAGCACCGCUGAAGAGAGGCAAAGUGAGACUUCUGCAUGCGUUACAAGCCUAUACAGUCAUCUAACAACGUUGCGUAACUUAAGAGACGGUUUUAUAGAAGAACACGGUUCAGAGCCCUCAGUCAGUCUCAGGUACUCCCAGCAAAGUACAGCAAAUGCCACGAUCAGUUUAAGAGUAGGCGAUGAAGUUAACCGUGGAAAUUUCAAUAAUUUACAAAAUGAUGCCUCAGCUGUGCCUUCAACAUCACAAAACAGUGAAGAAACAUCGAUGAGAAGUCCAACUGGAUUGGCUGAUGAUGGCGCUAGUUCUGAUGCCGAGUUUGAUGAUUACGACGAUGAGUAUCCUGAUUCAUCGUUAUCUCAAAAGACUGAUACCGUAAAUACGUAUGAAGCAGAAAUGAAAUAUAAGUAUGUGGGACAUAGAAAUGCUCGAACUAUGAUAAAAGAAGCGACAUUUUGGGGCAACGACUACGUAAUGUCGGGCUCCGAUUGUGGCCACGUCUUUAUUUGGGACAAAAACACGACGAAAUUGAAAAUGUUGUUACAAGCAGAUCAGCAUGUGGUCAAUUGUUUACAACCUCACCCGACUUUACCACUUCUUGCGACUAGUGGAAUUGACCACGAUGUAAAAUUGUGGGCUCCGAUUUUAGAAGAACCAGGUUUUAAUGAGAAAAUAGCCGAAGAUUUAAUCAACCGUAAUGCAAUAAUGUUGGAAGAAACCAAAGAUACAAUUACAGUACCUGCAGCGUUUAUGAUUCGAAUGUUGGCGUGUUUGAAUCAAAUUCGUCGAGGAGGUAGAGCUCGGGCCCGAAGACAGGAUGAAGAAGAUGAAAACAAUUAAAUUUCAACGUAUGUAUGUAUAUAAAAAAAACUACGUUUGUAGAAAAAAUCAAUGAUGUAUGUAUAUACAAACUUGCUUGUUUUAAAUUACAGGAUUGUUGGAUUUCUCUCUCUAUUUUAUCGUAACUAAAUGUUUAAUUUUUUUCUUUCGUUAAAGUUCCGAUUUAAUGCGAUUAUUUCAUGUAUUUAUUAUUAUUUUCAAAGGUGAGAUUAAAUUAUUGAUACCUUGAA